CCUCUGUUUUCUUCUCUCUUAAAGCUUCAUUUUUAAUCCUUUUCUUGCCUAAAUCAGGAUAAGAUUAUGAAUGUUGAAUUUUUUGAGCUUCUGGGUUUUGCAAAUUUUGUUGCUUUCUUAGACUAUAUUUUGAGUUCCGAUGGAAAUUCGCAUAAUUUAGGUUCAUUAGUUGCUUACAUGCAAAUACUCUGUUUGUGAAUGGAAACCAGAUCUUGAGAAACCAUAAAAAUUCAAGCUUUGUUUUUUUUUUUCAAGCUAUUGUGGUUAGAAAGUUAAAAAGCUUGAAACUUGUGGACCAAUCUUUAUAGAUUGUCCAUUAGAUUUCAGUGCAUCAAAUUUCACUCUAGUAGCUUCUGUGUGCUCCAACAUAACCAACAGAGGCAAAUGUUGCCGCUACAUGAACGCCUUUGUUGCGGUAUCUGUGGCUCGUUACGCGAACUUGUCAACUAAUCUUGGAGUCACGUCAGAUUUAUCUGAAAUCUGUAUUGCUUCCAUCUCUAGAACCAUGGAGAGCUAUGGAGUCUCAAGAAAUGCCACUAGUUUCUGCGGUUUGGGAACCAAGAUCCUUGUUAAGUAUGACUGUGAAGGUCGAACCACUGUAACACAAAUGCAUCAGUCUCCGGGAUUUGGACAUGUUUCUAGAAACUGCAGACUCCCAUUUUCUCCGGGACACCAAUGUAGGAAGUGUUUGAAUUCUGGUAUCACUUACCUUCGUAAUCUCAUCGGUGCAGAGACUAAUAACAUUACAUUGAGUACUUGUCGUGACGCGACUUAUACUACAUUAGCAAGCCGAAUUGACGAUGCAUCGGCUCUUGAACUCCUUGGCUGUUUCUUUCAAGUGACAGAGCUUAGUAUUCCUUCAGAGUCAUUUUCACCAGUGGCAAGUCCAGAACCUUCUCCAAGCACGGUUGGUGCUAUUAGCCCAAGCAACAGUGAUUCUCAAAUGACUACAAGUAGAAGCACCAAUCCAUAUCACUUAACAAUGGUUCCAACCAUUGGGAUUGUUGUUACAGCUGUUGCUCUUACGCUGCUCGUAGUCCUGGUAAUUCUUAUCCGUAGAAAAAACCGGGAACUCGAUGAAUCUGAGAGCUUGGAUAAGAAGUCAACAAAAUCAGUUGCUUCUUCCUUGCCUGUAUUCAAGAUUCAUGAAGAUGAUUCUUCCUCAGCUUUCAGAAAAUUCAGCUACAAGGAAAUGACAAAUGCAACGAAUGAUUUCAACACGGUGAUUGGUCAGGGAGGUUUUGGUACUGUUUACAAAGCCGAGUUCAGCGAUGGUCUGAUUGCAGCGGUGAAAAAAAUGAACAAAGUCUCUGAACAAGCUGAACAAGAUUUUUGUAGAGAGAUAGGGCUUUUAGCUAAGCUGCAUCACCGUAAUCUCGUUGCUUUGAAAGGCUUUUGCAUCAACAAGAAAGAAAGGUUCUUGGUCUAUGACUAUAUGGAAAAUGGCAGCUUAAAAGAUCAUUUACAUGCCACUGGAAAGCCUCCACCUAGUUGGGGAACAAGAAUGAAAAUUGCAAUUGAUGUGGCAAAUGCUUUGGAAUAUCUUCAUUUCUACUGUGAUCCUCCUCUGUGUCAUAGAGACAUUAAAUCAAGCAAUAUAUUACUCGAUGAGAACUUCGUUGCUAAGCUUUCAGAUUUUGGCCUUGCACAUUCGUCUAGAGAUGGCUCUGUUUGCUUUGAGCCUGUGAAUACCGAUAUCCGUGGAACUCCAGGUUAUGUAGAUCCGGAAUAUGUAGUAACGCAAGAGCUGACAGAGAAGAGUGAUGUGUACAGCUACGGAGUUGUGUUGCUGGAGCUCAUAACCGGGAGAAGAGCAGUCGAUGAAGGCAAAAACCUUGUGGAAAUGUCUCAGCGGUUUUUGUUGACGAAAUCAAAACACUGGGAUUUGGUAGAUCCGAGAAUCAAAGACUCCAUUGAUGAUGCUGGAAGAAAAGAGCUUGAAGCAGUUGUGGCGGUUGUGAGAUGGUGUACCGAGAAAGAAGGCCGAUCUAGGCCAUCAAUUAAGCAAGUCCUGAGGCUGUUGUGUGAAAGCUGUGAUCAGUUGCAUAGUGCAUUUGCUAAAGCGGUUGAGGAAGAGAUAGGCUGGGAUAGUAGGAAGAGAAGCAAUUCGAGAAUUCAAAGAGGCGAUUCCCGGAUUAAUGGACAACUUAAUUACAGCCGGAGUUUACCUCACUCUCCAAUUAAUGGACUCUCAUUCUGAGCUCUUCUUGCUUUGACUUCACCUUCUUACCACGGACCGGUAAGGGUUCUUCUCAAGCAUUGUCUUUUGGCCAGCAAUGGAGGCUGCUUCGACGAUUCCUUUAGCUGCAAAUUCAAGUAGUAUCAGUGAACAGUGUACCAUCAAAGAGACAAUAGAGCCACAUUUAGACAAGACACAAAAUGUCUGGUAAUGUAGAGACAAGGAUGUUGUAUACAUGUAGUACAAAGAAAAUUUAAAAAAGUAUCUCCCAGUAGAGGAGAAACGUUUUUACCUCACUA